CUCAACUCCAUCCAUCUUACUCAACCUCAAAAAGGAAACACCUUGCCCCCCUCCCCUCUCCACAGGGUCCAGACAUAAGCAAAAGUCCAAGACACACAGCAAGUAGCUAAAGGCUACCUGCCUGACCAUGCCGCCUAAACUUUCCAGGAGUGCCAAACAAGCCCUGAUCGUCUCACAUCUGCGGGCUACGGGGACGUGCCACACCCUGAAGGAUCUGGAGAAGAUGAUCCCGUCGGUGGCCUCAAUCAAUGGAAUGCAGGUGAAGGAGUACAUUCAGGAAUUGACCGAUGAGGGACGGAUCCGGGUUGAGAAGAUCGGUAGUGGGAAUUGGUAUUGGUGUUUUGGGGGAGAGGAGAAGAAAGAACGCGAGGAGCGGAUCCGGAGGUUACGGAGGGAGGUGGACCGGGUCCGAGGGAGUUGGGAAGAUGCGGAGGCUAGAUUGUCUGCGCGGAAGCAGGCGAGAGUGCAGGAAGAGGGCGAAGAGGCGCAUGGGGAUGGGGAAGGGAAUGGUGAGGAAGAGCGCCGGAGAUUGAUGGAGCAGAAGGCUGUGCUCGAGCGGGAGACACAUCAACUGCAGGGGGAGUGGAUGGCGUUGGCGACAAGUUCGGAGGGGAAAAGCUUACCGCAGAUUAAAGAGGAGACGGAGGAGUAUCGGCGACUGGCACAUCAGUGGACGGAUAACAUCUACAUCUUGGAAGGGUAUGUGGAUAAGAUGACCGGAGGGGAUCGGGAAGUGUUGCGGAUGGUGCAGCGGGAAUGUUAUGGGGAAGAAUACGUGGAGGGGGAAGGAUUGCGUGAGCUAGAGAUGGAGAUGAAGUAGUCCUGUUCUGGUCACUAAUGGAUGGAUUGGAUGUGGUUGAUGCUUAGGAAUGAUUAGUGGUGGUGGUGGUUGUUAUUAGGAUGGGCCGUCAUGGAAUCCAUCAAUCCAUCCGUCGGGAAGUUUGUCAGCGGCUUCUCACCACUAGUUUUAACUACUAGUAGUACUUUGUGGUUAACUUGGUCCAUUUGAGGGGACUAAUUCGUUAGUCGGUUUUAUUUCGAGUUAAUGAGCCACGAGUGGUGGUCAAUGUGACUAGUCAAGGAGAGGAAAAUGGUGG